AAUUGAUAUGAUAUGAUACGAGUUUGAUAGGAAAGAAAAGGGGAUUGAAGAGGGAAAGAAACUCAAUAUCUCAUCCGGUUGUUUUGGCGGCAACGAAACCGGUGUUUUCGCCCGCCUCCCCACUCGCCAAAGUCCACUCUUUUCCCUCUUUUUUUUUUUUUUUUUUUUCUCCUCACCUUCGCCCUCUUUCUCCACUCCAUGUUUUGGGCUUGUUCGUGGGUUUUAGGAGUUAAGGAGCUUCUCUACAAAUUUACCCACAUUCCCCUUUCUUAGACUUUUCUUCUUGUUCGAAUGUACAGAGAACCCGACGCCCAGAUAUGGGGUACACUACUGACCGAGCUUCUUCUUUCUCUCUCUCCAAUCUAUUGUGUCAAGAAGAUGCGUCUUUCUUGACUGACGAUGACCCCGAUGAACCCACCGCCCCUUCCGACCCGGUUCCCUUUUUUCUCGCCGAUGACGAUGAUGAGUAUUUUGAGAUCUUAGUUGCAAGAGAGACUGGGACUGAAUCUACAACCCCUUUGCCCUUAAAUCAUUCUCCGCCAUCUAUCCAGACCUGGUUGAGGACUGUCCGAUUGGAUGCAAUUGAAUGGAUUCUCAAAAGUCAGGUGCUUUUUGGAUUUCAAUUCCAUACUGCGUAUCUAUCCAUCACCUAUUUCGAUCGGGUUUUGUCUAUCCGGAACCUUCAAAAGAGGUCGUGGAUUUUCCGAUUGUUGGCUGUGGGAUCCCUGUCACUGGCGGCUAAGAUGGAGGAAUCUAAAACCCCUAAGCUAUCGAGUCUUCAAGUUGAGGGAUUUGAUAUGGAAAGCAAGGCAAUUCAAAGAAUGGAACUCUACAUUCUUAAUACCUUGGGAUGGAGAAUGAGCUCAGUCACUCCCUUUUCUUAUCUACAAUACUUAAUCCGAACGAUCUUCAUCGACUCCAAUUCACAAGGAUUACUCUCUAAAGCUGCGAAGUUUAUAAUGGCAACAGUUAAAGAGAUUAACUUAGUGGAUCAUCGACCAUCUAUCAUAGCUGCCGCUUCAUUAUUAGCUUCAUCUGAUGCUCAUAUGACAAGAGAACGGGUUGAGCUUAAUUUGAAAGCGAUACCUUCAUUUGGGUCUUUAGAAUAUGAAGAUGCAUUCUUUUGCUAUAAUCUGAUGCUCAAAACUGAGAAAGGGAAUGUGAAAGAAGAGAUUAUUGGAACUCCAUCAUCUUCAAUCUGCACAACCACCCCUAAUAUUGUUGACAACCGUUCUGCUACCUCCACUUCUGGUACUAAGAGUAAGAGACGACUCACAUUCGAGGAGUCCGAUCCAGAUUGUCCGGAGAAGAAGAUUCAUCGGCCAUAGUGAAACAUAGUAUGGUAUUAAUAAUGAGAAUCUAGGAUGUUUUUCACUCCAACAUUGUUGUUCGAGAUAAAUUUUUGUUGAUCAAACGAUUGGGGCUUCAUUUUUCCAAUACCCAAUAAAGGAUCCAGCAGUGACAGACAAGAAAUAGAAAUAAGGGAGAAGUAAAUAUGAGAGAAAGGGAUAAUUAUAGCCUGGACAAUGGAGUAAGAACAAGAAGAUGAAGAACACAAGAAGAAGCUGACUUAGUAUAAGAAAAAGAAAACCAUCAAAUUCCAAGAGAAUCCUUGAAGGAGACUGAAGGUUGUUGUGGUUAUUGCUAAUGUUUUUAUGUUCAUGAUCACUUGAUGCUGUCACUUGCUCUUUUCAUUAUAUUUAUUAAAUUUUGUUUUAUUUAGUUCCAUUGUUUUUGCCAUGAUGAUCACGAAUUUUAUUGUUGAGUAUCUAUUGCCACCCUACCUUUUGAUGGGAGGCUUGGGAUGCUUCCCCCUUCUCUUUCAAUACACUGGAGCUGAUAAAGUUUGUGC